AUGGCGCCAAAGUUCGUUUCAGAUGAAGCUAAUUCAAUUUAUAGUUUGUUCAAACGUACCGUUAAUCUACUACGCAAAAGCGACGCAAUAAUGAACAUGAAUAGCCCUACUAUCUUAGGUGUCAACGCUGUACUUCUAGAGACAGUUCAAAAAAUUCAAACAGUGAUGAGUCGUCCUACAGUUCGAGGACAUCCCGAUCGAGACAUCAGCAAUCCGGAAGUCAAUAAGGGUUCAUCGUGGAGUUCGUUCUAUCAUCGACUCCGAAGGCAAGUCACCGCAGCAUGUAAACUAGCAGAUCUGUCGCAUUCAGGUCCGGCUGCAAACGACGACGAAACCGAUACACUUGAGCAAGUGAAAGUGUUUCUUCGAAACAUGUACGAACAGAUUCAUCCUGAAGUUCUCCGAUGUUCUUCACCUGAUACCAAAUUAUUUCUUUCUAAUGCUGUUUAUACCGAUAGUGCAUUUUAUUAA